AUGGGUGCCGAGCCCACUUCAAAGGCGAUCAAGGCCAUUAUGAUCACCGAGGACUACAUGCGGAAGAAUGGAACCCUGGAUGAGCAGGUUCUUGCCUUCACGGUGAUGAAGGAUUGGUUCAAGGAGGGAACGGAGGAUCGAAGCAGGCUGCUCUUACGGUGCAGACUACUGCCGGCUAGUGAAAUGCCAGAGUGA